AUGAUGCAGUAUGGUGGCGGGACACAUUAUGGAGCCUACGCACAGCAGCAACCGCAACCGCAACCUCAACCCCAUCAACGUUUUCCAUCGGCUGCUCUUAAGGCGGGAAAUGUUUCCCUCAUUCCAUCACUUAGUAAAUCACCAAUGAUUCGCGAUGUGUGGGAGGAUAACUUAGAGCAGGAGUUUGGUAUAAUCCGUUCGCUUAUCAAAGACUACCCAUUUGUGGCCAUGGAUACUGAGUUUCCCGGUGUAGUAGCGAAACCUGUCGGUAACUUCAAAUCCACGCACGAGUUCUAUUACCAAACGCUGCGGUGCAAUGUGAAUUUACUGAAGAUGAUUCAGCUAGGCAUUACACUUCUCAAUGAGAAGGGCGAGGUUCCCGAGAACUGCUGCACGUGGCAGUUCAACUUCCGCUUCUGCCUCACAGAGGAUGUGUACGCGCAGGAUAGUAUUCAGUUGUUGUGUCAUGGUGGCAUUAACUUCGAUUACUUCUCCGAGUAUGGCGUGGAGGUGACGCACUUCGCAGAGCUGCUCAUCUCCAGCGGACUCGUGUUAAAUCCCGACAUUCGCUGGUUGGCCUUCCACGCCGGUUACGACUUUGGAUACCUGAUCAAAGUAGUGGGUGGAAAAGACCUACCAGAAAAGGAAGAGGAUUUCCUACAAACCUUCCAUGCCCUUUUCCCGUGCGUGUAUGAUAUCAAAUAUCUCUUGCGUUCCACCGAGUUAACGCACUCAUUGGGAUUAGAUCACCUUGCCGAUAGCCUCCGCGUGCGGCGUUUCGGCAUGGCUCAUCAGGCGGGCAGCGACUCGUUGCUGACGGGCCAUUGUUAUUUUAAAUUGCUGCGUGACUGUUUUAACUCCAAUAUACCUGUAGCAAACAAUGGCGUGCUUUAUGGGCUCUGUGAAGAUUCCUCGUCAGCAGGGACCCCCAACAGCACAACAAUACCUGGCAGCGGUGGUGGUGGCGGUCAUGCCUUCAGUAACUUCACGGGAAGCAAAAAUGCCGCCUUUCCGGCUUCUCCAAUAAUGACACAAGCGGUAAAGGGUCAUAGCUGA